UCCAGGCGGCUCCCUCUAUCUAGAAAACCCAGAGCCACGCCCCCAUUUGCUUCCGCCUCCGCGCAGUGCUUUGUAACCUUAGCGGCCGCCGUAACCCCGCCCUCCAGAAAAGCGGCCCGAAGCGCCGACUCCACCUUCACUGGCAUGAAGCCCCCUCAGCGUCGGCGAGCGGCCCCGGCGCGCUAUCUGGGUGAGGUGACAGGCUCCGUGGCCUGGAGCGCCCGCGAGAAGCGGCAGCUGCUCCGACUACUGCAGGCUCGUCGGGGCCAGCCGGAGCCAGACACCGCCGAGCUAGCCAGGGAGCUGCCGGGCCGGAGCGAGGCCGAGAUUCGGGAUUUCCUUCGGCAUCUCAAAGGCCGCGUGGCCCGGGAGGCCAUUCAGAGAGUGCAUCCUGGUGCCCCAAAAGGUUCAAGGCGCCGUGAAACACAGACCCCGGCCCCCAUUGAGGUAUGGAUGGAUCUGGCCGAGAAGAUAACAGGGCCACUAGAAGAAGCCUUGACUGUGGCUUUCUCACAGGUGCUCACCAUUGCGGCCACGGAGCCCAUCAGCCUCUUGCACUCUAAGCCCCCCAAGCCCACGCAGGCGCGCGGAAAACUGCUGCUCCUCAGCGCCCCUGGCGGACAGGAGGGCCCAAGCCCUGAGGCUCGUGGCCCCGCCCCUGAGGGACAGGAGGGCCCAAGCCCUGAGGCUUGUGGCCCCGCACCUUCCAACGACCUGGCUGGCCCCUCUGCCGCGGGAGACCUUGAGGUGGACUUUGAGAAGAUCUACAAGUACCUGUCGUCCAUCUCCCGCAGCUGCCAUGGCCCUGAGCUUUCCGCAGCUGAGUCAGCUGUGGUCCUUGAUCUGCUCAUGGCACUUCCGGAAGAGCUGCCUCACCUGCCCUGUGCGGCCCUGGUUGAGCAUAUGCUGGAUACAUACGAAAGCCUGACGGCCCCCUACACUGACCCCAGCAGUGGGAGCCAGGGGCCAGGGACUGAGAAUUCUAGCACUGGCUCUAGUGGGCAAGAAGAGGCCCUCCAGGCCACCCCCCAGGCCCCUGAUAAUGCUCAGCGGAGAGAACCGAGAUCCACUUGGCAGGCAGCUGGAGUCUGCCCCCUGAAUCCUUUCCUGGUGCCCCUGGCACUUCUAGGCCAGGCAGCCACCCCUGAAAAGUGAGAGGCCUGGCAGGCAAAGGACACACCAGCUAUCCAUGAGUCCUCAAUCCUGCUCAGGCUGGCACGGGGUCGUCAUGGUGGAAGGUCCUUGACUUGGCGUGCAGUACCGAGUGGCCUUUAAGACGCUCCUUAGAGCAGGGGUCUCAGAAAUGGAAGCCCAGUUGUACAGUGGUUCAGCCACAGAACCAAGGUGGGGGCAGCCAGGUGACUAGGCUACAAACACAAUCAAAUACUCUCCUGGACCAGCCCCUCAUCCCUUCCUGCAUCCUGUGGCAUAUGUCCUAUAACUGAAUAAAGUUGUCAGUCUGCCUUGA